CUCCCUUCCCCACGUUUGAGUGAAAAGAUCUACGAACGAGAUGAGUGCCGCCGCGACAGAUGCCGAUGCCGCGCCCAUAACCGCCGUAUACGUACCUGGACUUCCCACGGAAGUGAUCACGCAUCCCCUUGUGCUCUUGUCCAUAGUGGACCAUUACAACCGCGUGGCGAAGGACACAUCCAAGCGCGUGGUCGGUGUUUUGCUCGGCAGCGUGUCCAAGGGCAAAUGCGACGUCACCAACUCGUUUGCCGUGCCAUACGACGAAGACUUGCGCCAUCCUACAAUCUGGUACCUCGACCAUGACUACCUUGAGAACAUGUACGCGAUGUUCAAGAAGAUCAGUGCGAACGAACGCAUUGUCGGGUUCUAUUCCACGGGACCGAAGAUUCGCACGUCCGACUUGAGCUUGGACGAGCUGUUCCGUCGGUAUUGCGUCAACCCUGUGCUGGUGAUCUGCGAUGUGCGCCCGAACGUUGAGGGGUUGCCCACCACCGCGUACGGGUCGAUCGAAGAAGUCGAAGAGGACGGAAAGGCCAUCAAGCGCACGUUCAAGCACAUCAAGUCGACGAUUGCCGCCUACGAAGCGGAGGAAGUGGGGGUCGAGCACUUGUUGCGCGACAUCAACGACCCGUCAGUGAGCUCGUUGGCGGGACAGGUCAAGCACAAGAUGACUGCGCUUAACGGAUUGCAAGAGCGUGUGGACGAGAUGCGAUUGUACCUGCAACAUGUUCAGGAAGGCAAGGUGCCCGUGAACCAUCAGAUCGUCUACAACAUCCAGACGAUUUUCAACUUGUUGCCUAACUUGAACGUCGAAGAGCUCGUCCGCGCCAUGUUCGUCAAGACCAACGACAUGCAUCUGGUGAUAUACUUGUCAUCGUUGAUCCGAUGCACGAUUGCCCUGCACAACUUGGUGAACAACAAGAUCAAGUACAAGGAAUCGGAAGACAGCAAGGACGAGACGCCUGUCGUUGUCGUGGCGGCGGCGCCGCCGUCGAAGAAGGACGCGGCGGUGGAUACCAAGCCCAAGCAACCGUAAGAGGGAAAAAUAGUCGAAAGUGCAUUAAACACAAUAUGGCUGUUGCAUCGUGUCACCUACACUAAACGAGCUGGUAUCGCUUCUCCUGCCCGAGCUAAAUAUGUCGCUUGUCCCUGUGACGUAAAUGUCUCCGCCAGACGUGUACCCGCUCACAUAGAUAUCGUCGUCGUCGUCGUCUUCAUUGACCGUUGGAGGUAAUGUGGGCCUGCUUGGAAUGGCAUGCUGUUGUACGGCGAUGGAAUGAGACUCUUCUUCGUGCAUGACGGUCGAUGCCAGGAUAAUGUGACUGCUGCGACGUGCGUCAAAUAUCGAAGACCUUCCGCCAUGUAGUUUUACGGUGGUUGGUGGACCUUUCUUUCGCAUCACGUUGUCAGGCAAUGCUUCAACCGCAGACUCAGGUCCAUGACCCCAUCGCCAACGAUUGCUUCGCCCCAAUAAAAACAGGUACAACGCCGUGCCGAUCAAGAGGAUUCCGCCCACGACACACAAGAUCACAAUGGUAGUCGUGCUCGAGUUCUCGAGGAGGCGUCGCAGUGUCCACGCGGAAGGCGAAUGUAUGGAUUUGGUAGACGGAAUGGCGUUUGCUUGACGGAGAAGCAUGAGAACCGGUUGUGGGAAAC